AUUUCUCUAUUCCCGGUGAAAUGUCAAAAAGACCGACUUCUUGGGGAUUCGCAAUUUUUGCAAAAACAUACUGAAUUUCCACAUUUCCCAGCAUUUUCUCAAGUGAAAAACAAACAUAAAGCUACAAAGUAUCGAUUUGAAUUGUUGGUGUGAAAAUCAUCGUUUGAUUUCUUUGUGAAUUUUUGGUGGAAAUUUUAGAGCGUCAGAAAGCUCCCAUCAGGGUAGUUUUUCUUCAGUAUCCGGUACUUUUCCAACCUCCGGAAAUAUGUCACAUCAUUAUAUUGUAACCGCACAGAAGCCCACGGCGGUAACUGCGUGCGUAACAGGAAAUUUUACAUCCCCGACGGAGCUGAAUUUGAUUGUGGCCAAAAAUUCCCGUCUAGAGAUCUACUUGGUCACACCGGAAGGCUUGCGCCCUGUCAAGGAGAUUGGGAUUUAUGGCAAAAUUGCCGUGAUGAAGCUCUACCGGCCGGCAAAUGAGACCAAAGAUCUCAUCUUCAUCCUCACCUGCCGGUACGAUGCUAUGAUCUUGGAGUGCCGCACAUCAGGCCAAGGGGAAUUGGAGAUCUUGACAAAAGCACACGGGAAUGUGGCUGAUCGUGUGGGGAAGCCCGCUGAGACGGGAAUCCUUGCGGUGAUUGAUCCCAAAGCGAGAGUCAUUGGAAUGCGCCUCUAUGAAGGACUAUUCAAGAUUAUCCCUCUGGACAAGGAGACAAAUGAGCUGAAAGCCACAAGUAUUCGUCUAGAAGACAUGCAUGUGCAGGAUUUGGAAUUCCUCUAUGGAUGCGCCAAUCCCACACUUAUUGUCAUUCAUCAGGAUCUCAAUGGGCGUCACAUAAAGACGCAUGAGAUUAAUUUGCGCGACAAGGAAUUCAUGAAGGUUGCCUGGAAGCAGGAGAAUGUCGAAACAGAGGCUUCUAUGCUUAUCCCUGUGCCUACACCGCUUGGGGGAGCUAUUGUCAUUGGUCAGGAAUCCAUUGUUUACCACGAUGGGAAUAACUACGUGGCUGUUGCGCCGCCAAUCAUCAAACAGAGCACCAUCAACUGCUACUGUCGUGUGGACACAAAGGGGCUACGCUAUCUCCUUGGGAAUAUGAUGGGGAACCUCUUUAUGCUCUUCCUGGAAACAGAGGAGAACUCCAAGAAGAAUCUUUAUGUAAAGGAUCUCAAAGUUGACCUCUUGGGAGAGAUUUCCAUCCCCGAAUGCAUCACCUACCUUGACAAUGGGGUACUUUUCAUUGGUUCCCGACAUGGGGAUUCGCAACUGGUGAAGCUGAACACUGUAGCCGAUGAGAAUGGAGCGUACGUCGUACCAAUGGAGACCUUCACGAAUUUAGGACCAAUCGCGGAUAUUUGUAUUGUUGAUCUUGAGCGCCAAGGGCAGGGACAGAUGAUCACGUGCUCAGGAAGCUUCAAAGAGGGCUCCCUGCGAAUCAUUCGCAAUGGAAUCGGGAUUCAGGAGCACGCUUGUAUUGAUUUGCCGGGCAUUAAGGGGCUCUGGGCUCUCAAGGUGGGCAUCGAUGAUAAUCCCUACGACAAUACCCUGGUCCUGGCCUUUGUGGGUCACACCAGAGUGCUCACCCUGACCGGGGAGGAAGUCGAGGAGACGGAGAUCCAUGGAUUCCUCAGCGAUCAGCAGACUUUCUACUGCGGAAACGUCGCUUUCGGACAGAUUAUUCAAGUGACACCAGUGACAGCAAGGCUAGUUCAAGCACACACCCGGACGCUCCUGAGCGAAUGGAAGCCACCAGGUGAUCGAAGAAUUGGCGUUGUUGCGUGCAAUUUUGAGCAACUUGUGUGCGCAUCGGCAUGCGAUGUGUACUACAUUGAGGUCUGUGAGGGUGCCUUGGUGCUGAAGAGUCAGGUUACGCUGGACUAUGAGGUGGCAUGUUUGGAUAUUUCCCCGCUUGAGGAGCGCCAGACACGUGCUGAACUCGUUGCAGUUGGACUGUGGACGGAUAUCUCGGCGUGUGUCUACAAGUUGCCAAAUCUCGAAUUGUUGCACACAGAAAAGCUCGGCGGGGAGAUCAUCCCUCGCUCCAUUCUUAUGACAGCCUUUGAGGGCUUCACGUACCUCCUAUGCGCACUGGGUGAUGGUUCAAUGUUCUACUUCGCACUAACCACAUCCACGGGGGCACUGAGUGAGAAGAAGAAGGUCACCCUGGGGACACAGCCAACAAUCCUUAAGACUUUCCGCUCCUUGUCAACCACAAAUGUUUUUGCCUGCUCUGACCGCCCAACUGUGAUUUAUUCCUCAAAUCACAAGCUUGUCUUUUCAAAUGUAAACCUCAAGGAGGUGAAUCACAUGUGCAGUCUCAAUGCUGAAGCCUAUCCGGACAGCCUGGCACUGGCCACGAAGAAUUCCGUCAUUCUCGGGACAAUCGAUGAGAUUCAAAAGCUCCACAUACGUACUGUGCCACUGGGUGAGACACCCCGUCGUAUUGCCUACCAGGAAGCCAGUCAGACAUUUGGCGUUAUCACGUUAAGGAUGGAUAUUCAGGAUUCUUCGGGGCUCAUCCCAUCGCGCCCCAGCGCUUCGACACAAACCCAAAAUGUCACAUCGUCCAAUAAUGUGGGAUCACUGCUGAAACCCGGCGCUGGAGCGUCAGGAAGUAAUGCGGAAUUCGGGCUGGAAGUGGAGAUUCACAAUCUUCUCGUAAUUGACCAGAACACCUUUGAGGUUCUCCAUGCGCAUCAGUUCACACAGUCCGAGUACGCCAUGUCUCUAAUGUCGGCUAAACUUGGGAAUGAUCCCAAUACUUACUACGUCGUUGGGACUGCCAUUGUAAAUGCUGAGGAGCCAGAACCUAAGAUUGGAAGAAUAAUUAUCUAUCACUAUGCCGAUGGUAAGAUGACAAUUGUAGCAGAGAAGGAGGUCAAAGGUGCCUGCUACUCCCUCGUGGAGUUCAAUGGGAAGGUCCUUGCAAGUAUAAAUGCCACUGUGCGUCUCUUUGAGUGGACAAGCGACAAGGAUUUGCGACUUGAGUGUAGUCACUUCAACAAUAUCAUUGCAUUGUAUCUCAAGACAAAGGGAGACUUUAUCCUCGUUGGGGAUCUCAUGCGGUCACUCACAUUGCUGCAGUACAAGCAGAUGGAGGGGAGUUUUGAGGAGAUUUCGCGGGACUUUGAACCAAACUGGAUGACAGCCAUUGAGAUACUUGACGAUGAUACCUUCCUCGGGGCGGAGAACAAUAACAACUUGUUUGUGUGCCAGAAAGAUAGUGCCGCAACGACGGAUGAGGAGCGCCAACGAAUGCCGGAGGUUGCUCUCUUCCAUCUUGGCGAUAUGAUUAAUGUUUUCCGCCAUGGAUCGUUGGUGAUGCAGAAUGUUGGUGAGAAUACCACACAGACGUCCGGAUGUGUUCUCUAUGGAACAAUUAGUGGGGCCAUUGGGCUUGUGACGCAAAUUCCACCAAAUUUCUAUGAAAUCCUCAAAAAUCUCGAAGAACGCCUCACGCAUACCAUCAAAUCCGUUGGGAAAAUUAGCCAUUCAACGUGGCGGAGCUUCCACACGGAGAUGAAAAUGGAACCAUGCGAAGGAUUCAUCGAUGGGGAUCUCGUGGAGAGUUUUUUGGAUUUGAAUCGCGAUAAAAUGCGAGAAACUGUCUUUGGUCUCGAGAUUGAAUCUGAGGGAGUAAAGAAGGAGGCAACAGUCGAUGACAUUAUAAAGAUUGUUGAAGACUUGACGAGGAUUCACUAAUUAUUGCGGAUUUACCACACAUACAGAUCCCAAGAAAAACGAACAUUUUCAACUACAAUUCUCACAUCAGUUCAUCCCCAAUUGAGUGUGUGUGCGGAGGGAGGGAGGCUACCCUAUCCAUCCUCAACAAUAUAAUGAUGCUAUAAUCGUUUUAUCCUGCAAAGUACCCUCUUGUGCAUCGAUUUAGUAUACGUUUUAAAAUAAAAUAGUUUGCUGAAUUUCUCUCCUCAUUUAGUGCGCUCAACUAUAGAAUGUACAUAUAUAGUGGAUUUUAUUGAAAUUUCCCUUCACAAGAACGCAGUUCAAGGGGCCACACAGAGACACAGGGAUGGGGCAGCACCAAGCAGGGCAGACAUAGAAAUUAAUUGAGACAAAUAUGAUUAAUUGAGUGUGAAAAUAAAUUUAUGGAAAAGGUGACGAGAAGGUCGAUUGUACUGAUGUGAAAAUACAAAUUGAGCAUAAGAAAAAUUAUUAUUUAUGCUGGGAUUUCUUUCUCUCUCUCUCUGACGCAUUCCGGGGGUAAAAAUUGUACAAUUUAUGCUUAAUUUUUUUUAAGGGGACUUGCUCUGACAGGCUAUCAAUCAAAAGUCCCAAAGCUUAUAUACGGAUAGAGAGAAAGAGAAAGUGACUGGAUAAUGCUGUGAGAGAGUGAUUAUCUUCUCGAGGAGUUGUCUUGAUGUGUAAUCUCUAUUGCAAGGAGAACCCCCGAUGUGCCCUUGAAAAAUGAAAAAUGUUUUUCUACGAAUCUAAAUUUGUGAAAAUAUCACAAAAGUACUUCAUUAUCAAGCGUUAUGGAACGUAAAUUUUUGAAUUAAAUUUCUAACUUGCCCUGACACGUGUCGCCAACAAUGAGAAGGAAAGCAAAGUAAAUCUAGAAAAUACAGACUUUGCAAUAAAAUGUUUCAAUUUAAUUUA